CCCCUCGGCCUCGUUGAUGCGGCAUCCACAUGACGUCCUUGCCGCGUAUGGACGCGAAAAUGCCUAGACACCAGAGAGCGACACAAUAGAUGCGACGGCAACGUGCCCAAACGCAACUUGACGCAACAUGCAACCAACCAAACAACUGACAUCGACUGUAUGUGACUGACACAUAGACACAAGAGACGCGACACAAGAGACGUGACGGCAACACACCCAAAUGCGACGCGACAUGCAACCAACCAAACGAUGGUAUGUGACCGACACAUAGUGCGAAAAUGCCCAGACACAGGAGACCCGACACACGGCAACAUGCCCAAACACGAUCGCAUUGUGCCGUGCCUUUAUUGGCCAAUGGGUAGAGUGCAGGCGAUGGGGAUGUUAGGUAGAACCGUGUAUGUGAUUCUGUAUGCCCCCCUCCCCUCCCCUUGUUUUAAAUCUGAUACCACCCCUUCUACUUAUUGUUUGUGUUGA